CGUUCCACAGCUGAUAAGUCCUAAGACUGAGCACGCUCAGUGAAGUUGUUCAGCUCCUGGUCACUCCUCUUCAUCAUCGUCCUCCUCUUCAUCAUCGUCCUCCUCUUCAUCAUCUUCCUCCUGGAGCUUUGAGAGGUCAUGGCAGGCAUCGCUCUCCUGCUGCUGCUGCUCGGAGGGACCUUUGUCCUCCAGGGCAUCCCUGCACAGACGAUCAGAGUGCGGCGUCAGAACAUGAAGGUUCGGAUCAACGCCACUGGCGACACCAUCGUGAUGAAGUUUGUGCGUCCGAGUCCGGACGUGAAGCUGGAGGGUUAUAUCCUGGGUUACGGCAGCAGCAUGUUCUCCAAACAGUUCAUCCAGCUGCCUGAGAACGGACAACCGUACGAGACUGAGAUGGACGCUGAGCCGAAGUACCUGGUGGCCGUCCAGCCGAUCCCCGCCAACGACGUGAAGAAACACUGUACAGGGAAGGUGAACCUGGAGAAGCCGCUCCACCUGGUGAUCGGCUCUGUCAGCCCGACGGCGGUGCUGCUGUCCUGGGGGAACUACCUGAAGACGCCGUACGAGGGGAACAUCAUGAACGAGUGUCUGGAGGACGGGUUCUACACCAUUCGCUACAGGGAGAGGAACAGGAAGUGGAUCUAUCAGACCUGCCCAACCAGCGACACAGUGGUCGACAACCUGAAACCCAACACGCCUUACGAGUUUGGCGUCCGGUCCAACAAGGACGACCGCAGCGGGAUGUGGAGCAAACCGAUUAUCCACAACACCAACAUGGGCAAUAAAAACACACAGAAGCCAUACAAGCUGCGUAACCCUCUUGCUAAGCCGCUGAAACCUCUCGGUCCUCACACCCUCUUCCCUCCUCGCCCCGCUCUUCACAACAGGACCCGCCUCUCUCCUCUGCUCAAAACCUCAGCUUUCCCCGGAGCUCCCCGCACUUCUUUUGCACCACCUGAGAGUCGACAGGAAACUUUACCUCCGCCCGGCUCCACCGAGCCUAAAUGGCCUCAUGUGUCACUCGACGAAGGAAACGCUGUUAAAAAUGACACCGACCGACCAGUGGAUCGACUUCCUGCCUUCCCCCAACUCCUGCCCACCAAAGCCCCCCCCGCCAACACCACACCCCUCCUUAAAUUACCCUCCAAUGGCGGCUUACUUCAGGGGCAGACUACUAAGGCGCCCUCUCAUGCACCCGAGACACCUGAUAACCCUGCUGCUUUCGGCAAAUCACAGGACGGAUCGUCGCUGCUGAGAUCAGCUCUGGCCAAUGAGAGAGCCAAUUCUAACAGAUGGGGUCAAAGCAGCAAAAGAAAUCUGUCUCCACGACUGCCUUUGCAGCCCUACAACCCGUCAGCUACCACGGUUGGCAGAUCCAUGAGGCCUGCAUCAAGAAAUCCCCUCUUUCCCCUCUCUAACGGCCUCAGACAGACACACUCCUCCUCUAGACCCAGUAACUCAUCCCCGACCUCUGGGAUACUCGGGGUAAACGGACAGCCACACCGGGGCAUUUCCCCUCCUAAACCAGCCUUAUGGUCCCGACCUCAACUGGGAUCACCGGCUCGCCCGUCCAUACCCAUCAACAAGAAACCAAACCUGACGGGGAAACCUGGAGAAACAGACAAAGUCAAUAACUUUAAGCAGACGGACAAGCUGCCGAUCCUGAAACCCAAAGUCCCGCCGGCAACCGCCAAGCCGACCAAACUCGACCGGAAGCAGACCACAACUGCAGCACCGGCAGUCCCCACCACUCGACAGGAGACCUGGGAGGACUCGGACCUGUUUAAAUCACAGCCAGCCUCUGACGUCGACGCCUUGGGCAAGAAACGUUACACGGCACCUCACGUUGUCUACCAAACAGGCAAGAAACCAGACGAGCCUUGCUCCAUCACCUCCUCCCUCAACUACUUUCCUGAAGACGAACCGGGCGAAGCGAACGUGACAGCUCCACCCAAGUCUCCGCCAUCCAAUCUCACCGUGGUGACGGUGGAAGGAUGCCCAUCCUUUGUCAUCCUGGACUGGGAGAAAACCGACAAUGACACAACCGAGUAUGAAGUCAUCUCCACCACUAAAGGACCCGACGGCGAGCAGGUUUCCAUCCUGACCACCAACCAGACUCACACCGCUGUGGAGAACCUUAAACCUGAGAGCAGUUACGAGUUUAAGGUGAAACCAAAGAACGAGCUGGGUGAAGGUCCUCCCAGUGAGCCGGUGUCCUUCAACACGGAGUCCGCGGAUCCUCGAGUCAGUGAGAAUGUCUCAGGAAAAGACGCCAUCUGGACUCAGUUCCCCUUUAAGACGGACUCGUACUCGGACUGUCACGGUAAACAGUACGUGAAGAGAACCUGGUACAGGAAGUUCGUCGGGAUCCAGCUGUGCAACUCGCUCAGGUACAAGAUCUACCUGAGCGACUCCCUCAACGGUAAAUUCUACAACAUUGGGGAUCAGACAGGCUUCGGGGAGGACCACUGUCAGUUCGUUGAUUCGUUCCUGGAUGGAAGAACGGGCCGGCAGCUCCGAGCAGACCAGCUCCCAUCUAGGCCCGGUUUCUACAGAGCCGUGCGGCAGGAGCCAGUCCACUUUGGCCAGAUAGGAGGACACACCCACAUAAACUACGUCUCAUGGUACGAGUGUGGGACGCCCAUUCCCGGGAAAUGGUAAACGGACUGAGGCUGAGUGAACCCCAGAAGAGGAACCGUCGCCUAGGCUGGGAUGGCAACGGCAGCAGGGGUCCUUAAAGAUCUUCCGGACUUCACCUUCAUGUUCCACCACCUUACCCAGAGCUGUAAAAACAUGUACAGGACAUACUCGUCAGGGAAUUAGUAAUGAGAGAGCAUUUUUAAAUAUAGCAGACAUGCCUCGUCUUUACUAUUUAAACUGGUAGAAGAAGAAGAGGAGGAUACGUGGAGGUCUGGUUCCUCUCUGCGCUGUAGGGGGGAAGCAGACCCACGUUAGAUAUAUUUUAUUUUGUGUAAAAUAAUGGGAAGCUGGCUCCCUGGAAUACUAUUUUCAUAACUUAUUUAUCUUUGAUUACAUUUCUUCCAGAACAGGAAGUGGUCGUCUUCUGUUCCUCUGGUGUCGAUUUUGUUUUCAGCUCAUUUCUGUUCAUUUGCAAGUUGAGCAAAAGGUUUAAAACGUAGGCUAGGUACCAGAACUGGCAGCUGACCAGUAAAACCAGUUCUCUCCCGGCGGCUCCAAUGCGCCUUAAACAAGCCAACCAGUAGACAGUCCGCUGGAUGUGGAGAAUAUGGGCUGCGUGUGGAUAUUUCUCAGAAUGUCUACCUAGAACCACCCUAAACGUUAACGCAACAAUAUCAGCGACAUUUUACAAAUUCAGUUUUGUUCAGAUUUUGUUUUGGUCGACUGAUGACAAAGUGCCAAAUGGGCUAAUGUUAGCUUUAGCACAUCAUGAAUCUCUGGGGUUUAAUGUGUAAAUUUAUAUCAACGUAAUAAUAAAAAUACAAUAAACCAUCAGGUCAACACACCAGAUGUGUCGAUCCAGCAUGCUGCGCUGCAUUUAGCCGCCCGGAGGUGUCCUUACUUGCAAUUUGCACAACAAAAAUGUAUUUAUAUGUAUAUGGAGUGAAUGUGUUCAAUACAUUUUGCAGAUGCAUUUCCCUCGCCAUGUCCUUUUGUUUUUUUGUCUUUAAUGUACUAUAACCUUCUCCUUCCUGUUGCCUCGUGCUAAAGUAGGAGGGCAGGAAGCUAACGGUGCAGCAUAAUGGCUAGUAAAUCUAAAAAUAUCUGUAUUUGAACAAAUUAACUUUCUUUUUUUUAACCGACCAAAUCUGAUUUAUGGAAGAAGAAGUAAGAAGAACAUCAAAACUUUAAAUUGUUUGCAUAUGUCAGACACAGACUCCGUGGCUAACAUGGCUAACUAGCCACCAAAACAGGCUACGUGUGUCCAGGGCAGCAAGCUAACUACGUAGUUCAAUGGCUAGAAAAUUCUAAAAUGUCCUCAUUUUCCCCAAAUAUCUGAUUUUUGGGCAAGAAAAUAACUUCAUUUUAGAGCACAUCUAAAGCAGGGUUAGCAUUUCUGUAAAAUUAGUUAGCCUACGAGAAACAUUUAUUGGGCUGGUAGGAAAUGUUAGCGCCAGUUUAAGAAAGAGAGGAGCUGUCAGGUGUUUUCUCCUUCUUGUACAACAUGUAGCCUGCUGGGCGGAUGCUGUUUCCUGAAAAUAAAACAGUGAACUGUGCCUUUAAUGUUGAUCCCAUGUCAUUUAAAACAGAGGAGUGCCAAAGAACAUGAGAAUGUACGUUAACAUGAUGCUGUUGGUGUUUUUACACAUUUCUGUAUUGAUUUUAACAAUAAAGAAGUUUUGAUUCUUUUUUAAAAA